CUAGCCUAGUGGGAAGAGGGAAGGGACCAUGCCGAGGGGUCCUAGCACAUCGACCCGUCCCGCACUUAACCUUACCAGGUGGUAGAACUAUGAGCACUAUGGAAGAGGUUAACUUGGAACUGGAUAAACUCGCGCUUCGACAAGAAGACAUGCCCUCGAAGGAAAAACCAUCCAAGAACUUUCUCCUAGAGGCGAAGACGCGGUCGACUCCUACGUCUCCGAACUGUUUUCGCACACAGGCGGGUGGCAACAGCAAGCCUCGCCUGAGAGAGUCGCCCAUCAUCCGACUGGCGCUGUUCCCACGUCUUGAGAAGUGCAUCUCUGAGCCGGAGGUGUGGAACGAUAAGGGAGGCGGAGAGGAGAAGGAAGUACCCGUGGAGAACACGUGUUCGGGCUCCAGGUCGGAGGGUCACAUCUCCAACAUGUCCGGCGAAAAGAGGCAGGAGGAUCAGACGCACGUGGAGGCGGACGCCGCAGAUGACAUAGAAGACACCAACAGUGAGAGGAGUCCCGGUAUGUUGUCGGAGUCGCACCACUCACCUCAACCACCAGUGAUAGGCCACCUGAGGCCGGACCCUCCACCCUGUCCUGCUGAGAACCUCAUCAUGCCGCGCAAACUGCAGAAUCCCUGUCUGGACUCCAAGGACCACCAGAACCUCCACAGGGAACUGCUCUUCAACCAGAAAAUAGGAAAGAAUGUUUUAAAUCAGAAGUCAGAGUUGCAACGAGCAAUGGAAAAACAUAAAGAAUCACAAAUUAAGAAAGAACUUGAACUUCAGAAGCAAGAAAAUCGAACACCUUUUGAAAAAGUGAUUGAAGAAAGAGCUCGCCGACUGGAAUCUCAAGAGAAAGGCAGUAUAGAGGAGGAACCCAGCAGUAAGCCUGAGUUUCUGCAAGUUCAUGCCAAACUGAGGGCUCGGAUGGACUCCAAAUAACUCCCAUAUUGUGUACAGUUUUUAUCACUAUACAAUUUCCACGAGUUACAAACAUUUCAUUUGCAGUAAUAAUCGUGCUUUUUGUUAGUGUUAUUUUAUUUUGUUGUCUUCAAUCAUGUAAAUAACCUUAGUUUUGUAAUUCAAAAUCUGUAGCAUUUGUUUUUUAUGUAUAGACCAAUGAAAAAUAUUCAGUGUACAAAUAAAAUACUUUCAAGAUAAGAGAAUAAUUAUUAGUUGUUCUGGAACAACAGAUGAAUUAGAAACUGUGUUAUUUUUUUAUUUUCUCAUACGGAAUACGUUGAUGACAAGUUUCUUCUCUCUUGAGUUGGAUGAGAAUGUAGCAAUAACACGUGAACUGGCACACCAUUCCCUGGUGCCUUCUGUUUUUCACAGUUUGUCCAUCUGUUGAUCAAGUACAAACAAUAUUGAAUAGAAUUAAACAAGUGCCUGCAAAGUAUUGUGUAUUUUAUUAUUGUUUAACUUGUAAUUAGGUGUUACCAAGUCAAUUUUAAUAUUGAUAAUAGGAGGCUAUCUUGUUUUGUGCAAAGCUCUAAUAAAAGAACAGGGUAGUAUUAAGAAGCAUUUUUCUACAAUAGCUUGUCUCUUGUAAGAGCAAUACAAGCCUAGUCUACUGAAAAAUAUGUACAUUAAGGGAUUUAGGGUUAGAUAAUUUACCAGAGAUCUAUUGCAAAUAUUUGUACCUUUUAGUUUGUAAAUUUAUAUGUUUUCAUAAUUUUGACUUAUUCUAUUGUAAAUUGUAAGAAUCAGAUUAAAAAAAGGAAUAGACUAAUUUACUAAAUUGUUUGUCUUGCUCUUGUUAGUGAAACACAGUAAUUAUGUUGCAUCAUGAUAGACAUAUAAAUUACUACUUAAAUUCUUCUGCAAGUAUUCAUAAUAUAUGUUAAAUUUCUUUUUCCAUUAUCGGUUCAAUUUAUUUGGUUUGUAUUCUUCAUUCUCAGGAAUCAGUAACAACCUCAUUUCUUCACAUUUUAAUCUGAGAAGUUUAUCUUGUUUAAAUAUACCAUUCAUGUUAAUCCAUGCACUGUUGUUGCUAGUAGGUAUGAAAGAAACUAUAUUUUUGUCAAUUAAAUUCACACAAUCAAUUUUAGACACAUCUAUGUCUGGGCCUUGCCGCUGUAUACUUUUUAGCUAUUGAAACAAUAAUAUAAUAGUGAUCUAUAUAUAAACAUGUUCUUGUUUCGAACAGAAUAACUUGUUAUAUAACAUUUACCUGUCGUAUCAGUAUAUUUCAAAUAAAUAUUGAUUCAUAAGUGUA